UCUCCUUGGUCUUCCUUAAACUUCAUCAAAGGAAAGCUAAGGAAAAUGGAAUUUGGUCAUCAAAGAGAGGAACUCAUUGGCAGUAACUGAAAUGGCAGUCCAAUGCACAACCUCUGCUGUACCUCUCAAAAUAGGGGUAGGCUGUUUGGCAGUCCAAUGGAAGCAACUAAAUAAACAGGCUCAACUGUAAAGGGGCUCAAGCUUCUUGAAGGAGAAUGACUUUUAACUAGAGUUCUUCAUACUUAGUUUCUAAACACCAGAAGAGCUUAGGCCUUGAGAUGGUUAUAUUUGUUUAGUUGAUUUUUUUAUCUCAAGCAAAGCUAAUGAGAACAAUGUCACAAAUUGUUUUUUAAAAAUCAGAAUGUGUUUUGCUUUUAAUUGUUGUUGCUGCAAAUUCUGUAGGUAUUUUGGGUGGUGUGUAGGUGUUUUGGUUUCUGUGGUUCUGUGCCUUGACGUUGCCCUUCCCCCUUACCUCCUGAGCCCAGCACCAUACCCAGAAGAUGGAACCAGUCCCUCUGUGACAUCAGCCCCAGGGCCAAGGGCACAGCGGCAGUGCAAAUUCUGUGGGCACUACAUUAGCAGCUGCACUGGUGGUGACAAGCUCUCUCUCCUUGCAGCUUACUUGUGUCUCUGACAGCAAUGAUUUUGUUGUGCAUCCUCAUUCUGCUGGCUAUGUGCGGGCCUGCAUAUGGCAUCUGUGGACAGACCUGUGGGCUCCGGCCCAUGGGUACUGCCCUCGGCUCAUCACGCGUUGUGGGUGGCACAGAUGUCGCACCAGGCUCUGGAUACUGGGCUGGGAUUGCCAGUAUCCGUUGCUUCUGGAACCCACCAGUAUCUGUGCAUAUCUGUGGAGGGACCCUCAUCAGCUCGAAGUGGCUCCUGACAGCUGCCCACUGCUUCAUCAACAUCACAAAUCCCAUCAGCCAGUGGGCCAUCGUGCUUGGGGCCACCUCGCUGGGCCAGUCAGGCCCUGAUGUGGUAGUGCGCCGGAUUAAGCGGCUGAUCAUGCAUGAAAAUUAUAGUCCUCAACUUGGGUAUAACGACAUCGCCUUGCUGGAAUUGGACCGGCCAGUCCCAUGUGGCUCCUCCAUUCAGACCGCCUGCCUGCCUGGUCCUGGAGUGAAAGUGUCAGAGCUGAAAAACUGUUAUAUUGCUGGCUGGGGUGACAGAAUUGUAAAAUCUUCAGGUGGAGAUAUCCUGCAGCAGGCCAAAGUGCAAGUCGUGGAUAACAAGCUCUGCAACAGUAGUGAGUGGCUGAAUGGGUACAUCUACGACUUCCAUGUGUGUGCUGGACAGCGCGGCGUUGGUACCUGCCAGGUAGGAGCGUGCUGUGAGUCCCCCACACCCCAGCAUUGUGGGCAGCCCCAUCACACCACCCAAACACAGCCCAGCACCUGCUUUCCCUGGCUCUCCCAGCCCCAGUUCUGCACUGCUGCUGGAGCUUCCACCCCCUUUCUCAUCCAUGGAUCCUUGCUCAGUGAGGUCCAGACGCCAACCCUGAAACACCCAAGCACAAGGGAGACAGAGCCCUACCUUACAGGCCUCCAACCUGCUCCCAAAGGUGUCAAGCUUCUGCAGGUUCCAGCACUUGAGCCUUGCUCUGCCAGGAAUGCAGUUCUGGCAGGAGUUGGGAGAAUACAGGAGCCAACUCUUAACUGCUGACAGGGGCAUGCCAAAGCACCUUA